AUGGCAAGUGCUCGGGGUUCCCUACCGCUUCAGUCCUUGAAUAACGGACAAAUUAACUCCAGGUCAAAUGCCUUCAACGUACAGACUCCCAUUAAGACUGGGCCGCUCAAGCCACCAGGUCCUGCCGCUACUGCCAACCAGAUAGCACAACAGCAAGAUCAGAAGAAGAAGAAAAAGAAGGAGAAGCUAUCCUCUUUGUGUAAAACUCCCCCUUCGAUUGUCAGGACGAGAACUGGGAUCGGUUAUCAUAGAGGACUUUUUUUGGGAGAAGGUGGGUUUGCUAGAUGCUUCCAAAUGAAAGAUGAGAGCGGUAAGUUGUUUGCUGCCAAAACUGUGGCCAAGGCCUCUAUUAAGUCGGAAAAAACGAAGACAAAGUUAUUAUCGGAAAUCAAGAUCCAUAAAUCUAUGGUUCAUCCCAACAUUGUUCGUUUUAUCGACUGUUUUGAAGACGAUGUCAACGUUUACAUUUUAUUGGAAAUGUGCCCUAAUCAGUCCUUGAUGGAACUUUUGAAAACUCGUAAGGCUCUCACUGAACCUGAGGUCAGGUUUAUCAUGGUUCAGAUUAUUGGCGCUGUUAAGUAUCUCCACAGUAGGAGGGUAAUUCACAGGGAUUUGAAACUUGGAAAUAUCUUUUUUGACCCUGACAUGAACUUGAAGAUUGGAGAUUUUGGGCUGGCCUCCGUACUUCCUUCCAAGGGUUCCAGAAAGUACACCAUUUGUGGUACUCCCAACUAUAUCGCCCCCGAAGUUCUAGGUGGAAAGGCCGUGGGCCAUAGCUUUGAGGUAGAUGUUUGGGCCAUUGGCAUCAUGAUGUACGCUCUUUUGUUUGGCAAGCCUCCUUUCCAAUCCAAAGAUGUUCAGGUCAUCUACGAAAAGAUCAAGAAGAAUGAUUAUAUUUUCAAUCCUACCAAAGAUGUAUCUUAUCAGGCAAAAGUGUUGAUAAAGGAUAUCUUGGCUACCAAUCCCUUGGAGAGACCGAGCUUGGACGAAAUCCUGGAAUAUAGCUGGUUUAGAAACGGCUCUUUCCCUUCUUCGUUCACCGUUGAAUCAUUGACUCAAACCCCCCGUAAUGUUAUGGAUAUUUCCAAAGAAGAAUCCGCAAAGAAUCUUGCCGCUGCCAAGGCUAAGGCUGGGUUCAAUGAAUGGCACAGAAAUCCCGUUCAGAUUCUCAAAUCUGAUCUGGAAAGUGAAAGGCCAAAAGCUUUGCUGCCUACUUCUUUAUCCCCAAGUAACGUUAAACAGAAGUACGAGGAAGUUUCUCCUGUGAUUGCUUCCAGAGAAACCAGACCAAAAACUAAAAUUGAACAAGUUUCCAAAAUCAUCAAUAACCACCCAAUACUACUUGAAAAACUUAAUCAUAACAUCACCUCUACCUUAGAGAACAUGCAGACUAUUCAAGAAUAUAUCCGCACUGGUAAUUCUGUCAAACAAUUUAUAGAUAUCGACCAUGAAAGGCCUGUUUUAGUCAGCAAAUGGGUGGACUACUCCAAUAAGCACGGCUUUUCUUACCAAUUAUCUACCAAUGAUAUUGGUGUCUUAUUUAAUAAUGGAUCUACGGUGCUCAAGAUCAGCGAUGAGGAGUCGCUUUGGCACAUUAUCAUUGACAAUUCAUAUGGAUGGACAGCUCACAGAUAUCUGGCGCAUGAUAUCCCUACUCGCCUGAAAAAGGAAAUCGAAGUAGUAGAUUUCUUCAGCAAAUACAUGAAAGCAAAUCUGUGUGAAGUUUCAGAACAUUCCGGAAAAAAUGUGAAUGAUGAUGUUUUCCUUCGAAGAUAUACUCGAGAAGACCAUUGUAUUAUGUUUGAAUUGAGCAAUGGAUCGUUCCAAUUCAACUUCAAAGAUCACCAUAAACUCUGCCUUUCAAGUAACGGCCUAGUGAUUACCCACUUAUCCCCUCAUAGAACUAUCGAAACUUACCCACUUGCUCAAGUGUUGGAAAAGGGUGAUUUCCCGGGAGCUUCUGACCCUAUGUUUGCAGUCAAGUGGGAAUACAUGAUUGCAUCUCUAAGAAACAAAUUAGAAAUGCAAUGA